AUGCAGAGUCAUUUAGUCCUGCCUGGACUGCGACAAGAGACGACAGCUGAGAAGCUUCUGGAGGAACACGCGCACGACCCACCUGAGCUUGCACUCACUGGCAUUCCCAUUGUUCAGUGGCCCAAGAGAGAGCAGUAUAAAGUUCAUCUACGGCCGAAGAUCCAGUUCACCAAGCCUCACAUCAUGCGGCCAGCAGCCAGACAUGCCGUGUCCACUACUCGGCCCGCAGGUACAAUUUCUGGCCACACGGCGUCAUCUGGUGUCCGUAGGCGGCGGGUUAGGUGUCGGAAAUGUCAGGCAUGUCUUCAGCGAGAGUGUGGGACUUGCCACUACUGUAAAGAUAUGAAGAAGUUUGGUGGCCCAGGCCGGAUGAAGCAGUCAUGUAUGCAAAGGCAGUGCCUUGCGCCCAGAUUGCCCCAUUCUGUGACCUGUGCCGUAUGUGGAGAGGUGGACCAGACAAAUGACUCUCAAGACUUUGAGCGCAAGCUGAUGGAGUGUUCGGUGUGCAAUGAGAUAGUCCAUCCUAGUUGCCUAGAUAUGGACGGUGAAGGUUUUUUGAGCGAUGAGUUACCAAACUACUGGGAGUGUCCCAAAUGUUAUGAGAGCCGCAAGCACACGAAACGUAAAGCUGUGGAUAACUGUGACUUGGAUCCCCAUUUAUCAGCCAAAGUUCUGAGGCCUCCACUGGUACAGAGUCCUCCAUCACCGCCACUUCUUCUCCUUCCACCUUCUCCAUCAUCAGCUCCACCAUCCCCACCACCAAGCACGCCGCAAGUCACGCACGUUGGCAGAGAAGAUAGAGCCAUGCGGCGGCAGCUAGCCAGAGAGAAAGAGAAACCACCCAAGUGGGAGAGAGCAAUCUGAGGCUGACCGCAUCUGGCAUCGGGGCUCCUACCUCACCGUCACACUACAGCGACCCCCAAAAGAGCUGAGUAGUUCUUCAAUAGUCCCUAAGCUGCAAGCCAUUACACCAAAUUCCCGGCAUCCUAUCCGCCCACCGCCUCCUCAACCACCAGACGAAGAUGAUGAUGAAGAGGAGGAGGAAGAGGAUGAGGAGGAGGAGGAUGAUGAUGAUGAUGAAGGGGAAAACGGCCUUAUGUAUGGACAGAAGAGAGACCAGCUGUCCAUUCAGAAGGAUGUGUGGCUUUCUGUCUUCCAGUACCUCACCAAGAAGGAGCUCUGUGUGUGUAUGAGGGUCUGCAAAGCCUGGUAUAAGUGGGGAUGCGACAAACGCCUCUGGUCCAGGAUUGAUGUCAGCCGCUGCAAGUCUCUGGUGCCUCAGGCCCUAAGUGGCAUCAUUAAAAGACAACCAGUACAGCUCGACCUGAGCUGGACAAAUGUAUCCAAAAAGCAGCUUACCUGGUUGGUCAAUCGAUUGCCUGCGUUGAAAGACCUCAUCCUGGCGGGCUGUUCGUGGUCUGCCGUGUCUGCCCUCAGCAGUUCGAGCUGUCCUCUCCUGCGAACGUUGGAUUUGCGCUGGGCAGUGGGAAUCAAAGAUGCACAGAUCAGAGACCUGCUUACACCGCCAUCAGAAAAGCCAGGACACGACACACGCAGCAAGCUUCGUUUCCUAACUGACUUGAGGCUCUCUGGUUUAGACAUCUCUGACGUUACGCUGCGGUUAAUAAUUCGCCACUGUCCUCACUUGUCUAAGCUGGACCUCAGCCAUUGCCCACUUAUGUCAGACCAGUCUGUCAACCUGCUGACUGCUGUGGGCUCAUCCACACGAAACUCUCUCACACACAUCCACUUGGCAGGUUGCAAAGGGGUCACAGACGAGUCUCUGCUCUACCUUCGGCGAGCCUCCAGUUUGACACUCAUCGACCUGCGUGGCUGCAAACAAGUGUCUCGAAAAGCAUGUGAGGGGUUUAUAUCGGACCUGUCCGUGAGCACCUUGUACUGUCUGUCAGAUGACAAGCUCAUCCAAAGGAUCACCUAG